AUGUCGGAUUGCGGAGGGCCUCGAGCUAUUCACCAACUGUGCGACUCGGUGAGCGGCGCGAACUGGCGCUCGACGCGGUUCGAGGACGUGCGGACGGUGAAUCAAUACGCCUGCUGCGUCUGCUACGUCAUUCCAAGCACGACGGUACUGCUGCCCUGUUCGCACGUUCUGUGCGAGCACUGUGUGACUGGGUGUGCCGUCCAAGGUCAUGGCAGCAUCUGUCCCCUGGACGCCCAGCCUUUCUGCGAAGAUGAGUGCCAGAAGCUAAAGCUUCCUGCCAAGGCGAAACACAACCUGAAGGCUCAUUGCUGGAAUGAGGUCAACGGCUGCCAGUUUGUGGGAACCAUCGAAGCCGUUCUGCAGCACUUCGACAGAGACUGCAUCUUCCACGCCCUCCAGUGUCGACGCUGCGAACGAAGAAUACUGCGCACUGACAUUGCAGCCCACUACGUUGCCGGGUGCUCACAGAAUGCAUCUGGCGCAAGAGAUGGUCAGCCGAGCACUCAAGAUAGGGCAUUUGCCAGUUGUUACGAGGAUGCAGUGUUAGAAAAGCUGUCUGCUCUUCAGAGACAAAUGAACGAUCUCUCCAGAAAAGCGGACUCCGUAGAUUUCGAAGCUGUGAGCUGCGGAAUGAAAGGCAUAGAGUCGAACAUCACCUCAAUGAUGACUCGCCACCUGAAAGCUGGCCUAGAAGAAGUGAAGCUGCUUGUGAGAGACCCCUUGAGCUGAUCAGCUGUCGUCACUUCAGAGCCAAAUGAAUGAACUCGUUGAACAGACAAGGCAGCAUGACACCUCCGAAAUUCAGGAAGUGGUACGCGAAACUAGAGACUCGCAAAACGAAUUGAAGCAAGAUGUUCAGGCAAUGUCACAGCUAACGGCGAGAAUGCCAAGUGAUGUGGAAACUACAUUCAAAGAAAUCCUAACAGUCCAAUUACGGAAAUUUAAACAUGCGUUAGAGGCAUGGAAAUGCGAGAUGAAGGAACAAAUGAGUAAGGUUGAGGCUUAUCUCUGUACGAAGCUCAUGGACCAACAGCAGUGUCGGCAAAGGGCCCUAGAUUCAGACAAUAAUGGAUCCACCGAAACAGAAGAGCUCCUUGCUGCUGCUGCUUUGGGAAAAGAAGAAGAAAUACCGUUGAACAUGCAAGAAAGCUCAAUACCGUUGCAGCUGGAAAUGUUUGUUCACGAAACUAUGAAAACUAUGGAAUUCCUGCGGCAGCAGGUUUAUAGGCAAAGGGAAGAACUCUGGGUUUAUAAUAUUACCGCCUGCCGGGAUACUCAUGAUGGCUUGUGGAGAAAUAUUCCUCAACAUACCUCAUUUACAGUGAUCCUAAAGAAAGCUGGAAGUAUUUUUAGCGCAGAGAAAAAUGUCUUAACAGUCGCGAAUCUUGUGAAGUACAGGGAUAUGCAUAUUCAGAUUACCUUUGAGUCUACGUGUUCACCCCAACCGAGGUUACUCAUAAAUAUAGAUUGCAUUAAGACUUUGGGAGAUUCUAAGUUUCCUUUCACUAAGAUCACACUUCGGGCGAUAAAUUUACGUGCUGGAGGGUGCAUUAAUUGUGAAGUGUUGUAUACCAAACGUCAAUGCGGCACAUGCACCAAGAAAAAUAUUUCUCAUUUUAUUGCAAAUUUCGCGGUAGAAGAAGAGUUUGCGAAACAGAGUUUUAUAGAUGGAGAACUUACGCUGCUUUUUUCUUUUUAUUAGGGGACAUCUACGGUAUACGCAGAGGACGUGUACCCUUGAUUACACAUACGCCUACAUUUGAAAUACUGUCAAGUUGGUAGCGUCUUUACCUUGUCUGUUGCUGACCCCCUGCUUUUUCAUUUUUGCUUGAAGGGUUGAACUUUGCAUUAUUUCGUGUGUAAGUUUAUGAAGUAGAGAGCAGAACACUUUCCGUUACUGUCGAGAGUAUUUGUGGUGUGGAAAGACGGUGGUCUCAUACAGUAAGCCCUACGCAGGUCAGUUUCGCGGCUACAGCGUUGUUGAUUUUAUGACUGGCACCGCCACGGGCUCCCACGUGGGGAACACUGUUGCUUCCUUCUUGCGAUUUGUCACUGUGACGUUCACUGGUGUGUACGUUGACAUGAAUGAGUUGGAAAUAUGCACGUGCAAUACGAAUAAAUAAAACAUUGGCCCUGUA